ACAGAGUCGUGGAGCUACUGUUUUUAUUUAGGGUAUAAGAAUUACUCGGGAACUUUUUUGUUUGACUCCGUUAUCAUCUGUUUUCAUCUUACAAACUAUGCGUGAUUACGCGAGAUCUCAUUUUAUGCGUGCUUAUGCUUUCACAUCUGGCCAUUUCCACCACGUAUAAGCGGUUCAAGAAUAUCUUUAUUUACUUCUACAAACAGAAAACAGAAGGUCAUUGACGCUAUUUGUGACAAUACUUUUGACAUUCCUUUGUUGUAUAAUUGUUACCUACCCUCUUAAACACUCUUAUGAACUGUUCUUUCAGGAGUCGAUUCUUUUGGCUGAGGAGCCGAGCUCCGCUGAACCUGCCGAGGCUGACGAAGCAGAGGCGCCGGCUCCAGUCGAAGAACCCAUGGAAACUGUAACCGUCUCGCUUACUAAAAAGAAAGGUGGCUAUGGGUUCAAUAUCAAAGGGGGCCGAGACAAGCCGUUCAGAGAAGGAGACACUUGUGUAUACAUCACCAGGCUCAGACCUGGAGCCGCCGCAGAGAAAGAUGGCCGCUUGUCCCCUGGAGAUAGAAUUGUGGAGAUCAAUGGUACUGAUGUCCGUGACGUCACGCACGCUGAAGCACUGGACCUGGUGCGGAAAACAAAAGGAGGAAAACUGACAUUAUUGGUGCAAAAAAAAGCUGUUAAGAUUGUUGAAGAUGAUGAUGGUCAGGGCGUCAUGAGAAUUGAAUUGCAACGGGAAAAGAAAGGGAGAGGGCUGGGUUUUAACAUCCGGGGAGGUAAAGAUAGCCCGUAUGUACCUGGGGAUCCAAGUAUUUUCGUCACCAGGAUCAACGGAGAAGGCGCGGCCGCACGGGACGGGAGACUUAGUGUCGGUGACAAACUUCUUGAGAUCAACAAUGUCAAUGUAGAGAACUCUACAAUAGACCGCGCUAUUGAUCUCAUUCAAUCCAAGAAAAAACUCCUGCUGCUGGUAGAGAAAAAGGCGCUUCAGCAAGUUGUGAAAACCGUACGAGAAGGAGCGGUGGAUGGUGUCAGAGGUGUUGAGGCAGCCAUUGAGUUGUACAAGGAUCCUGAAUAUGGUCUUGGCUUCAACAUCCGGGGAGGCAGUGACGCUAAUUACCUUCGGGGGCAUCCGGGAAUCUUUGUCACGUCAAUCAAACCAGGAGGCUCCGCUGAUCGUGAUAGCCGCCUCAAGAUAGGAGACAGACUUCUUGAGAUAAAUGGUGUAGACGUUCGCUCAGUUCCUCAAGAUGCUGCAGUCCAACUUGUACAGCGGUCCGUUGACAAAGUGACGCUAUUGGUUGAAAAAGAUGCAGAGCAACAAUUUAAAAACUCCGAGUUUUACAGCUUGAGUGACUUUGAUGAGAUUGACAUGAGUGGAGAAGCAGGCUGUUUCUUUAGAGAUCAGAAAAGAAGAAUCGAUUUUGUGUUGGUUUACGAAGAAAUCGACAGUGAGCCUCCAACUAAAGAAGUCUUAAGAUUCCGGAACAGAUACAUGAAAAACCUGCAGAAAUCUCAGCUGGAGUUUGAAGAGGAAAAAUCGGCCACGAAAAAAGGUCAACUUCACUUUAUCAAAGUUCACAUUCCGUGGGAGGUGAUGCUGUUUUACGCAGAAGAGCUAAAUUUUAAAGGACCGCUGAAGGCCAGAACAGAGGAGAAGAUCAACUGGUCGGAAAGAAUUUUAAAGAAAUUUCAUUUGCCAAAUGUAUUCAAGGAUGAUGUCCCAUACCAACCACCAGACUACUUCACCGCCACAUUCCAGGCUAACAAGUUACACAAAUUUGUCGGCAGCGAUAACCCAGAAACGUAUUUCAAAGACACUGAGAGAACAAGAGUGGCAAACGAGAUACUUGAAACUGCAGUGUAUGGAAGCCGCAACAAAGGGGAAAUAGGAAUCAGUCGACUGGUUGAAGAAGGAGUGUAUAGCGCCGCUUAUCCCCUCCAUGUGGGUCCUGCAGAACUGCCUGCAGAUUGGAAUAAAACUCCACACGAGCCAGAUGAGGUAAAACUCAAUCAAAGACAGGUGCUGAAAGAAUACUGGGCUCGAUGGGGAAAGUGGCUCAAAUACCAACCACUUGAUCACGUGCGAGAAUAUUUCGGAGAGAAGAUUGGGAUCUACUUUGGUUGGCUUGGUCAAUACACUGCGUGGCUGAUAAUGCCGUCAAUCAUUGGACUAUUUGUCUUUCUUUACGGUUACUUGACUAUGGACAGUGGAGAAAACACAGCGUUGGAAAUCUGUAACAGCCCAAACUGGACGUUUGUCAUGUGUCCACUAUGCGAGGAAGAAUUGGGCUGCAAGCCAUGGGAUCUGAAAACAAGCUGUGGCCGAGCAAGAAUAUCAUACCUAUUUGACAAUCCAGCCACAGUUGGGUAUGCUGUUUUUGUGUCUUUCUGGGCCGUGUUUUUCCUGGAGUACUGGAAGCGAAAAGAAAACACUCUCGCUUAUCAAUGGGAUGUGCUGGAAUUUGAGGAGGAAGAGGAAAGACCCCGACCUACUUUUGCAGCAUUAGCCCCUGCUGUGGAAAGGAAUCCUGUGACUGGCCUUUUAGAGCCUCAUUUUCCUGAGGAAAAGCGAUUCCCGAGAAUCGUCUCGGGGAUUGCAAUUGUUAUAUGUAUGGUAUCUCUUGUCGUCCUGUUCAUGGUGGGAGUGAUUGUAUACAAGCUAUUGGUAAUUCACCCUCUCUACAAAAACCCAAACUUUCAACAGUAUGCCGCCACUAUUGUGUCUGUCACAGGCUCAAUGAUGAAUCUUAUAAUCAUUAUGAUUCUUAGCAAGGUGUAUGAAAAGCUGGCGUAUGUGCUCAACCAUUGGGAAAUGCAUCGAACGCAGACAGAAUACGAGGACAACUUAACAUUCAAAGUGUUCGUGUUCCAGUUCGUGAAUUUCUUUUCUUCAAUUUUCUACAUCGCAUUCUUCAAGGGAAAACUUGUUGGAUACCCAGGAAAUUAUACGAAGAUCUUCGGUCUCAGAGCAGAAGAGUGCAGUCCUGGUGGAUGUCUCAUGGAGCUGGCCCAACAGUUGGCAAUUAUCAUGAUUGGCAAACAGGUCAUCGGCAAUGUACAAGAAGUCCUUGUUCCGGAGAUCAAAAAGUACAUGAAGAAACGAAAACAGGGAGUGACAGGCAAUGAGGUCAAACCUCGUUGGGAAUUAGAUUACGAUUUACUGGAAAACGAAGGCUUGUUUGGAGAAUACCUGGAAAUGGUGAUCCAGUUCGGUUUCAUCACGAUCUUCGUGGCUGCAUUUCCUUUGGCUCCGUUCUUUGCCCUCGCUAACAACAUCUUUGAGAUCCGCAUUGACUCGGACAAGAUAGUGUGUGAUCUACGGCGGCCUGUGGCUCAUCGCGCUCAAGACAUUGGAAUCUGGUUCAGUAUUUUAUCAGCAGUAGCGAAAAUCGCCGUCAUCAGUAAUGCUUUCCUUAUAGCCUUCACCUCGCAGUUCUUACCCAAGAUGUUAUACCGAGGAACCAUAUCUCCUGACGGCUCCCUAAAAGGGUACACGAACUACAGUCUUGCCUGGGCCCCUGUAAAUUCGACGUCAGUGCCUUGCAGAUAUAUUGAAUUUCGUUACCCAGAUGGUAGUCCAAGUAAAUUUUAUUGGCAUCUAGUGACAUUAAAGCUGGGAUUUGUAAUUCUAUUUGAGCAUUUCAUCUUCUCUGUAUCAUCAUUGAUAGACAUGUUGGUACCUGACAUGCCAGGAGGACUGGACGAGACUAUCAAGCGAGAGACAUACCAAGCUAAGCAGAUCAUGUCAGACCAUCAUGGUCUGAUGGGAGGAAUGCCAGACUCUGAUGACUACAUGCUGGAACUUGAAACAUAGCACACAACUCUUAAUUUUCUCUAAGAGAUUGGAUCACAUUUGGUUCCACGACACAAAGUUUAAUAUUUGGUCAGUGAUUGUCAGAGGAGAAUAGCCUGCAGAACAGGCGGAUGAGCGGGGCAGAGAGGGAAACGCGAUACACGAGCGUGCAGCGCGACCACGAGCGCGAAGCGCGAGACGAAAAAAAUCCGCUUGUAGUCACACCAUUGUUUAUGCUCUAAAGGCAGACGAAUAGAACAUUUUAAAUAAUAUAUGAAAUUAAAACGCGUUCGUCCAAUUUAUCCGUGAUGUCACUUAUCUGAAUGUCAAAGAGGUCCACUGAAGAAAAAUUGCUUAAGGCAAAUGCACACGUUUUUACAGGAACUACACAGAAUAUAGAUAGCGUAUGGAAAAAUGUACAAAUGCAAGGUGACGGACAAAAAAGAGAUCAUACGAAACCACGAGAUGAACAUUUCCACGCAGUCAUUAGCUGUUUAUUACAAGAGUGACUGAGAAUGUCGAUAGAAUGUGACCUGUGUUGUUCGGAUGUAAUAAUUUAACAAAAUUGCUCGCGUUGGCUUUGCUAAUCUUGUGGCUCUCGAUAGCGGCCGUUUUCUCAAGUUCGAAACCACAAAUUGCGGUUUAUAUUGAAAGCGAGAAUCUUAUUUAUUCGCCUCCGUCUGUGAUAACCAAGGUCAAAAUAAAAUUGUGAAUCGCCCAAAAGUUGUUUACGAGAGUGAAAAUAAUUUGACAAUUGUAAAUACACUAGAGGUUGUAUUAAAGUUUCAAACGACGUUUAAAGUACUAGGCUACACUGAAUCACGAAUUUACAAUUUCGACUGCAACAAAAUAAAAUAUAUUCACGAAU